AUGGUGGACAAGCUACUUGGACACUGGAAGCUUGAGAAUUCAGACAACUUGGAGGAAUAUAUGAAAGCCAUGAAAGUAAACAUUAUUUUGCGAAAAGUGGCGAAAACAUUGACCAACUAUGAGGAGAUCAGCAGAGAGGGCGAUACCUGGACACUUCAUAUCACAUCGACUUUCAAAAACUCCAAGGUCGUGUUCAAGAUUGGGGAACCGUUUAAGGACAACACUUUAGAUGGAAGAUAUGUUCUGACCACAUUCACAAUCGAAGAUGACGUACUAAUAGAAACACAAGAACCACUGAACAAAAGCCACGCUCCAUCCCGCUUUGAGCGCAAAGUUCUGGAAGAUGGACGCAUGUGCUUGACUUGUAUAGCUACAGAAGAGAACGUUGUUGCCAAGAGAUACCAUCAGCCAUACACGCCUUAG